AUGGUAAGCACCAACUCCGACAGCGCUCCUCCCGCGACCGCAUCCACAGGCACGGCUGCUGGCGUAGACGGCGCCACCGCGAACCGGAUAAGCGCCUUCCGACUCAGGUCCAGCGACCAGUCCGCGGCCGUUCUAGGCUCGGAAUCGAAGGGCAACUUCUGGCUCUGGGAUGCGCAGUCGGUUUUCGACCUGACGCACCCGCCGACACGGACCUCGGAGCCAGUCCAGCCGCGGCUCACGCUGCAGUGCGCGCUGACCCCCGUGGCCAUCGACCCAGCCAAGACUGCUUUGGUCAUCAUUGACAUGCAGAAUUACAAUAUGUCCAGCGCGCUAGGCAACCAUGUCCAGGCCUACCGCGACGACGAGGCCAACAUCCUCGCGCACGCCCUCCCCGCUGCCCAGCAGAUAGACCCCAGCCACCGCCCCGACGUGCGCUUCCACAAGAACCGCAAUUCGGGCCUCUGCGAUAAGUCGUCGCCGGUACUGGCGCAGUUCCUCGCCCGCCAGGGCAUCCGCACGCUGCUGUUCGCGGGCCUCUGCGUCAUGGGCACGCUGCAGGAUGCAAGUCUCAAGGGCUUCGAUUGCAUCCUGCUCAAGGACGGCUGCGGUACCAACAGACCCAGUUCGCCUAGCUGA